UUCAUCAUAACAAGAGAGCGAAGAGCUGAUUCUGAAGGAUCCGAUUAAAAUGGCUCCGAGAUCCGAUUUACAAAACCUAGCCACCGGCUCCGGCGCCGGAUCCGCCACAUCUGAUGAUUCCUCAAUCGAUCCGAUCUUCCACAUUCUCCGUAUCAUUCCUUUCUCCUUCCUCCGACCACCACGUCUUCGUCUCAAGCUCCCUUCCUUCACACUCCCAUCGCCGAUGACUGUAUUCUCACUGAUUCUCCUCACUUACUUCCUCGUCGUCUCUGGCUUCGUCUACGACGUGAUUGUCGAGCCUCCAGGUAUCGGAUCAACCCAGGAUCCCGUCACCGGUUCAGUACGCCCCGUUGUGUUCAUGUCGGGUCGGGUUAAUGGUCAAUACAUCAUUGAAGGUCUAUCUUCGGGAUUCAUGUUCGUGCUUGGUGGGAUUGGGAUCAUAAUGUUGGAUCUGGCAUUGGAUAAGAAUCGAGCUAAGAGUGUUAAAGCAUCAUAUGCUACUGCUGGGAUCUCAUCUAUUGUGAUCGCUUAUGUUAUGAGUAUGCUCUUCAUUCGCAUUAAGAUCCCUGGCUAUCUCCAUUAGAGUUUUAGAUUGCUUUCACUUUCUUAUGUAGUUGGAUCAUUGAAAAAAGUGACCUUUUUGUGUGUGUUUUUAAGCUAAUGUGCUUCUUGUUUGAUAAUGAGAAUUCUAGCUAUGAAUGUUAGUAAUCUGCAGCAUUGCUUUGA